AUGGCUUACGAAGGAGGCUAUCCAGCGCAACAGCGCCCGGCCCUGGUCAAUACCAGCAGCAAGGUUAUGAAGACUACCAAGGUGGACAGGGCUACGACUACUACGAUGACGGGAGCGGCGGUUACGGCCCUGAUUAUGGUCAACAAUACCAAGAUCCCUCUUACGGCCAAGGGCCUCCGGACCAGAGAUAUCCGCCUCAACGACAGGAUUACUAUGGAGCGCCUCCUCCUAAUGGCGCUCCGAUGGGAGGACGCGGAGGGCCGGGCCCUUUACCUCGUUCUCAGACCAUGGGAAAUAUGA